UGAAAACCGGUUACCCAGUAUCCAGGAAAAGUGGAAAAUAAACGUAGUAGUUUGUGACACUGUUUGGAUUUGGAAGAUUAAGGGCACAGUUUUGGAAAAAGAGAUGCAUGGUGGCGCUCCUGCCCCCUGAGAGUCAGAUAGCCAUACCCCAUCACCAUCACUCCAUGGAUGCGCCUGACGAAGAACAGCAGCAGGUUUCGUCGAACUCCAUCAAGAGCUGGGCCAAGCAGAUUGAGGAGAGCUAUCAGCUUCAGCUCCAGCUGGCACUUCGCCUCUCUGUAAAUGGUUGUUUGCAAUACUCGGACAAAAUUCUCGAUGGCUUCUACCUAAUCCAUGGGGUGGAUGCUUACACAUGGUCGAUAAGUUCUGAUCUGCAGAAUGUUGGUAUAAUUCCUUCAUUUGAAUCACUGAUGUCAAUAGAACCUUGCGAUGACUCGUCAAUUGUAGUGGUUGCUAUUGAUAAAUUUAGAGAUCCUGGUCUGAGAGAACUGCAAAGUAGAGUAGUCAGUCUUUCAAGUAGCUGGAAUUCUCGAAAAUUUGCAGCUGUUCAGGUUGCAAAUCUUGUUUAUAGUAGGAUGGGUGGAGGACGUUCAACUAAGGAAAAUUUAGGCUCACAGUGGAAGGAGUGCGCCCAAAAACUAAAAAGCUGCCUGAAUUCUGUCAUUCUUCCGAUUGGAAGCUUAGCUGUUGGUCUUUGUGUUCACCGAGCAUUGCUGUUUAAAGUGUUAGCUGACUUAAUUGACUUACCCUGCCGAAUUGCUAAGGGCUGCAAGUAUUGUAGCAGGGAUGUUGGCGCUUCAUGCAUAGUGCAAUUUGAUUCUGACAGGGAGUAUAUGAUUGAUUUAGUUGAAAGGCCUGGCUCAGUGUGCCAGCCUGACUCUUUGCUGAACUCUGCAUCAUCAAUGGUGGUCUCUUCACCAUUAUGUCACCCAAAGUUCAAGACAGUUGAAGCAGCUGGAUAUACUAAGACAUUAGCCCAAUCAUUUUUCUUGGACAGUCAAGGAUUGCACCAUAUAUUUGAUACAACAUCAGGUGGUAAAGUUAAUCUUAGUGACAGAAUGGAUGUAAAAGAAACUAGAACUUCUAGUGCACACUAUGCCCAUGGGAAUGACCACCUAGUUGCAUCGGGUCUUAGUGCAGAUGACUAUGUUUCCGUUACUGAAACAAACCCGUCUGUAGUUGAUCUUGGUGUGGAGGACCUAGACAUUCCAUGGAGUGAACUUGUUCUGAAGGAGAACAUUGGGGCAGGAUCAUUUGGAACUGUCAUUCGUGCAGAUUGGCGUGGUUCUGAUGUUGCUGUGAAGAUUCUUAAGGUGCAAGAUUUUGAUUCUGAGCGAAUAGAAGAGUUUCUGAAGGAGGUCUCCCUAAUGAAGCGCAUGCGGCACCCAAACAUUGUACUUCUGAUGGGUGCAGUAUUUCAACCCCCAAGGUUAUCUAUAGUAACAGAAUAUUUAUCAAGAGGCAGCUUGUAUGAACUUCUGCGCAUGCCUGGUGUUGGAAUAUCACUCAGUGAGAUGCGUCGUUUAAGCAUGGCUUAUGACGUGGCAAGUGGAAUGAAUUAUCUCCAUCAAAUGAGACCUCCCAUUGUUCAUGGAGAUUUGAAGUCCCCAAAUCUUUUGGUUGACAAUACAUACACUGUCAAGGUAGCUGACUUUGGCCUUUCACGAACAAAGGCAAAUACAUUCCUUUCAUCUAAAACUGCCGCUGGGACACCUGAAUGGAUGGCGCCAGAAGUCAUCCUAGGUAAACCAUCAAAUGAAAAAUGCGAUGUAUUCAGCUUUGCUGUAAUAUUGUGGGAACUAGUUACCCUGGAACAGCCAUGGAGACAGUUAAAUCCUUCACAGGUUGUUGCAGCUGUUGGUUUUAUGGACCAAAGACUAGAGAUUCCAAGCCAUGUAAAUCCUCAAGUGACUGCGUUGAUUGAGCUCUGUUGGGAUACUGAUCCCACAAGACGCCCUUCUUUCUCCCAUGUUAUGAAACGUUUGCGGCAAAUAACUGCCGAUGCAAAUGGGUGAACAAGUCCAUGCAAAAUAAUCCUCAAAUUGUGUACAGAAAACAGACAGCAAUACUGAAGCAAGAAAAUUUAAAGGGAUCAAAUUGACUGUAGCCUUAAUUGGAUUAAUUUAAAUGCAUCAACAUCAUCGUUGAUUAUCAUCAUCAUUAUUAUUAUUAUUAUUAUUAUUAU